UUACAGAGUGACAGUUUACCGCGAAAGGCGCGCGCGUUCUGCUUUUCCUUAUUAUAUGAAAUGUAGAGUUAUUGAGUGAAAUGUAAAUUCAUUGAGUGAAAUGUAGAGUUAUUUAGAGAGAGAAUGGUGACAAUUGUGCCAGUAUGGAUGGAGUUGUAGUGAUCGCGGUGUGUCUGCUGUUUGGAAGCGCGUCAGCAUCAGGUGAACGACUUAAUGAGCCCCAAAAUGUCCACUUCUACUCAAUGGACUUAAGGAACGUGGUCAGAUGGACACCAGGAGAAGGAUUUCCCAAUGGAACCAGCUACACCGUGGAAUAUGCUAUUUACGGUGAUGCAGAAGAGAAUAACAGUGAGCAGGUGAGAUGGAGGCCGGUGGAGCAGUGUUCUUUCAUCCAACAGACAGAAUGUGAUGUGUCUCAGGAGACGUUUAACCUUGAUGACGAAUACUACGCCAGAGUAAAGGCUAUCAGUCCACAGACACAAUCCCUCUGGACUGAGAGCACCAGAUUCAGCCCCAUGAUGGACACAAUUCUUGGACCUCCGCUGGUGGAAGUGAAUGUGGUGCAGAACUACAUAAACGUCAGUAUGAAGGGUCCCUUCAGGUACAAAACAAAGACAAAAAGAGGAAGAUCACUCUGGAAAAUCUUCCAACACUUGAUCUAUAAUGUGUCUGUUUACUACACCAAGAGCGAUUACAUGCAAUUUUUCCCUCGUCAAACAUCUACAUUGACACUUGGUCCUCUGGAGUUCUCCACACACGUCUGUAUUGUGGUCCAGGUUCAGUCUCAGUCUUUCCCUUUGUCCAGCAAACCCAGCGAGCGCACAUGUGCAGAAACUCCUAAAGAUGUGUUUAAAGAUCAGCUGUUGGCUGCUAUGUUGGGUGGUGUUUUACCCUCUGCCCUCUGUCUGUGUGUGCUCGCUGUUCUCGGGGGUCUCAUCCACUGUUACAUUACUGAUCACAAACAGAUCAGGCCUGAGAACAUGAAUGUGGUUCAUACAUGUGAGAAACGGCAAACUUUCCAACCAGAACCAAUCUUUAUUAGCAUGUGGUUAACUACGGACCUAAAGGAAUCCAAACUCAUCUCAUCUGUAGAUCAGCUGCCAUUAAUGCUUGAAGCAAAGGCCCCGUCUCAGCACAUGCCUCAGUUGUGUUAUGCGCAGCAGAACCUGUCAGUGCCCGCCGCUUCAGACCGACCGUAUGUAUCCUCAGAGACCGAAGACAGAGAUGUGCAGCCGUGGCCGGAGGAACCCCAGAGCGAUGAGGCUGGAGAUUACGGCAUCGUAGUCCGGGCCACACAUGAAGUGACAGGUCUGCGUGGGCCCGAGUUCGACACUUACAGGUCACAAGGCAACACAAUUGAACCGAUACCGACAGAAGAUGAGGACAAUGAAGAAGACCAGAUAUUUUUGGACUGGAAUCCUGACACCCAUGAACUGAAAAUCCCUCUGGUGAGCCUGUUAGAUGUAGAGGAUGAAGAUAAGAUAGACACUGAGAAAGAUGAGAGAGAUGAAGUUAUACUUCUACCUAAUGUCAUCCUGAGACAGUGUUCAGAGGAAAGCUCAGAGCAGGAAGAUGACAUGACCAAGAUGGAGAGAAACUGGGGCCUUAUAAUCCAUAGUACCCAAAACUAAACUCUACACCAGACUACUGGACAGUAUGUGUCAGAGACUAUAUACUGUAAAACAGAUAAUAAAAAUACACACUUGCUUUGUUUUCACAUUGACAGAGAACAGCAAGCCUACGUUAAAAUGAAGGAUUUUUGUAUGAAAUGUGAAGUAUAGUAAACUCUUGUUUGACUUACUGUACCCUGCCUUUGGUUUUUCAAACAUUUACAUUGAUGACCAAAAGGAUUGCAAACACUGGCUGUGUUUGGAAAAGCAUUGUCACAUGCCAAAAAGCAUGAUACGAAACUAAACUGAAUUUAUUUAGAUUUAACACAAUGUUAUACUAGGUUAUUGUGUUGUUUGGCAAAUGAAAACAGCCUACUGUUACCAUACAGUUAAUGGCCCUUAUUUAUCAUUUAUUCUGAAAAAAUUGACUUAAAAUAUUUUGUAUUUUCUGAUCAUUCUGUUGUGAAUUUAUUGCUGUUUCAGGACUGUUCAGAUUGAGGUUAUAAAAAUGAAAUGCUGUAUGCUAAUCGCCAAAGAACUAAAAAAGAAGAAAUGUGUAUUUAAAAUGAAAUGACAAAUGUAUAUAGUAUGAAUUAUUUAUAUGUAUGUAUAGUAUACAGUAUAUAAAUAUUAUAUAAAGUUUACUUUUUUAAAGGGCAAAUUAACUUUGACUAAACUAUUACAAACCUAAAUGUGUAAGAUUUAAUUUCAAUAUUUAUCACUACAAAUAAAGCUGUUGUAUUAGAUGAUGAAUGGUUAGUUAUUGAUGUUUCUGUUUAUUCCAGAGAGCUGCGUAAUAAUCCACUCUCUAAUGUCAUUAUACAGUACAGUCUAUCACUUAAUGCUCUUUUACAAUGCUAUUUAUUGUCAUGAAUACAUCAUACAGUAUUAAAUCAGUAAAGAAUGAAACCUGCUUUCAUCAGUUUAUCAAUUAAAAUGACUAAAAUC